AUGGGCUGUCUUUUUGGAAAAAAAUAAUUAGUUAAUCAAGAAAGUGAAAUAAGUUAAGAUAUUUCAAUAAAAUUGGAUUCUAGUGCUUUUAAUACACAAAACGAAUCUUAAUUCUUAGGUUCUAAAAAUUAAUAAUACAAGGCUAUCCAUGUUAUUCUUAAUUGACAAAAAAGUUAGGAGAGAUUGUUUAAUAAAAAGUAGGUGAAUGGUCACAAUAUGAAAAUGAGCUGAAUGAUCACAAAUAGAAAUUCCAUCAGUAUAAUCAAUUAAUGGAUGCAAUUAUGAAUGGUUAAGAGGUAUUGUAGAAUAUUAAUUAUUUUGAUCAGGAAAAUUGAAAAUAUUCCGCAAGAAUUUAAUACAGAUUUUAAAACUUGUCUUAUCAUAGAUAUUUAGACAGGAAAUUUAAAAAGUUAAGGAACUGAAACAUACUAUUAUGUAGCAAUCUAAUUAGGUACUAAAGAUGUUAAAGAACAAAAAACAAAAGCUUUAAAAAGUUCUUAAUACAUGCAAUGGAAUGAAAUAAUUAUUUUUAAUUUAGAUGAUCCAAACCUAAGCAAUCAAUUCAAACUUUAAAUAAAAUAAUAAAAUCAAGUUGGAGAAAAAAAAUCUGAAUCUGUUGGUCAUAGUAUCACAUUUACUUUUGAAGAACUUAAGGAAUAGAUUAUCAAUCAAAAAAUUAUUAGACUUAAAGAAAAAGAUGAAAUUAUUGGAAGUUUGUAAAUGAGGUAAUAAUACUUUGACUAUUUAGAUGUUAAUUGAUUCAUGAUAUCAAAGAUUUUGCAAAAUACUGGAAAACAGAGCUGAUAUAUAGAGGUUAAUAAAUUGAUAGAAUUUUGUAAAAGAGUAAACUUAAUUCAAGUGACAAUGAUGUUCAAUUCUAAUCUUUAAUGUCAUUUCAUUCAAAUAGAUAUCACAAUGAAACUGUGUAUGAUUUAUAAUUUGAAAUUUAAUGA